AUGUUUGCUGCUGGAGCGGAUACCACCUACACAGUAUUAGAAUGGGCUAUGACUGAAUUGCUAAGGCACCCUACAAUAAUGAAGAAACUCCAAGAGGAGGUUAGAGGAAUUGCCCCUAAAAAAGCAAACUUAAGUGAGGAUGAUCUUGAACAAAUGCACUAUUUAAAAGCAAUAAUCAAAGAGACUCUUCAGCUACACCCUCCGGUACCAUUACUAAUUUCUCGAGAAUCAACCAAACAUGUCAAAUUACAAGGCUACGACAUCCCGACUGAAACAAGAGUAUUCAUCAACGCAUGGACUAUUGGGAGAGACCCUUUAUCGUGGAAAGAGCCAGAGGAGUUUCGACCAGAGAGGUUCUUGAAUAGUUUUAUAGACUUCAACGGACAAAUUUUUCAAUUUAUUCCAUUUGGGGCUGGAAGAAGAGGGUGUCCUGGAAUUGUAUUUGCUAUUGCCAAUCUUGAGCUUGUGUUAGCCAGUCUUGUGCACAAGUUUGAUUGGGCGUUGCCUGGAGGGGUAGGAAUCCCAUAA